AUGCCUCAAGGUUACUCAUCUCGCGACGUGGGCGACCCAUCGCAAAUCAAGAAGAAUAAACAAUCUAUGGCAGAUCUCAAAUUAAGACGCCUUACUGAAUUGAACAAUCGUCUACGAGAAGAUUUGGAACGCGAAAGGAUCCCGGUUUCUCAAGCUGCCAAGAGUAUCAUCCAAUACACCAGUCAGACAAAAGAUUUUAUGGUUCCGUCAAUUUGGGGUACCGUCGAUAAGAAGGAUGAUCCAUAUGCGCCGCAGCAAAGUGGUGGAUGUUGUUUGGUGAUGUAG